CCUUUUCGGUUUGCCGGUUCCACGCAACUCAAUAUAAUUUUGUGAAUGAGUACUAAUAAUAAUUAGUUUUUUCAUCGAAGAUCCUUGUUUUUUUAGUUUUUGUACCAGUUGCGCAUUUGCACUGCAAGGUCGCAGUAUAUCGCUUGCUAGUGUGACACGGUUGACUACUGUUCAAGUUUUUUUUUAAAGCGCGUUAAUUCGAGGAUUACAAAAUGAGAAUUGUGCUUUUGCACUCAGUACUACCGCAAUCUCCUACCGUUGCAGUAUAAAUUGAUUUGUGUUUACACUUUACAGAGAAAAAAAAAUAGUUAAAAGUAUAUUUUUAAAAUGUCAAAAGACGGACCACCACCCUACGACGGCGCACCAGCACCAGGUUUUCAACAACCCCAUGGUCAGUACCCCCCUGGUCAGUACCCUUCUGGUCAGUACCCCCCUGGCCAGUACCCUUCUGGUCAGUACCCCCCUGGCCAGUAUCCUCCACCUCCCCAGGCAUCAAAUAUACAACAUACAGUUAUAGUAGGAGGCCCACCACUAACCCUAGGAGGAGAGCCAAUGAGGACUCAGUGUCCACACUGUCAUGCUAAUAUUACCACAUCCAUAGAGACUGAAGCAAAUACCAAAACUCACUUGUUCGCUCUACUUUUGUGUGUUUUUGGAUGCUGGCUAUGCUGCUGCAUUCCAUAUUGCAUGGAUUCUUGCCAAAGCAAGAAGCAUUAUUGUCCCAACUGCAAAGCUUUCUUGGGAGCCUAUUCUGACUAGCCUAGAACCUAGAGCCUAUUAUAUAUGGUAUAUUUCCUAACUUAAGCUGUUAAAGUUAUACAACUGAGAAUUUAUUUUAAAGCAUUUGUUAAUAAUUAUCAUCCCUGAUGAUAAAUAAAAAAUAUUAAAAGCGGUUGCAUAUUUGUGAUUAUAUAAUAUUAGCUUUUUAUGAAUAUUGUUUAAUUAUAAAAAUAUUUAAGGUACUUACAUUUUUAUAAUGCCUUUUAUUUGUAUACCAAUGUUUGUAGAUACCAAUAAUUCUUAUUGGUAUCUAGUUCUAUAUUAUAUUUUCAAACUGUUAUCAUUGCUUAAAACCAUAUUUUACUAUAAAAUAUAGGAAUUUAAAUUUUCCGUA